AUGGCUGAGGAGAGCGAGCGAGGGGCAGCCGCUGCCGCAGCAGUGACUGGAAGGAGGCGGAAAAGCGUCGGAGACACGGGGCUGGUGAGUCCAGAGGUGGUGGCUGAUGAGGAUUCUUGCUCUUCCUCCACCCCGCUAUCGCCAUCCUCUUCGCCCCGCUCACUGGCUUCUGGCUCAGGCAGCUGCGGGUCCAGCAAAUGCAUCUGUAAUAGUUGUGGUCUAGAGAUUGUGGACAAAUACCUGCUGAAGGUAAAUGAUAUGUGCUGGCAUGUACGCUGCCUUUCCUGCAGUGUAUGCAGGACUUCUUUAGGAAGGCAUACCAGUUGCUAUAUCAAAGACAAAGACAUUUUCUGCAAACUAGAUUAUUUCAGACGCUAUGGAACCCGCUGUUCUCGCUGUGGUAGGCACAUCCAUUCUACUGACUGGGUUCGAAGAGCCAAGGGAAACGUGUAUCAUUUGGCCUGCUUUGCCUGUUUCUCUUGCAAACGGCAGCUCUCGACAGGAGAGGAGUUUGCUUUGGUUGAAGAGAAAGUCCUCUGUAGGGUGCAUUAUGAUUGCAUGUUGGACAACUUGAAAAGAGAAGUUGAAAACGGGAAUGGUAUUAGUGUAGAAGGUGCAUUAUUAACAGAGCAAGAUGUUAAUCAUCCCAAGCCAGCAAAAAGAGCUCGAACCAGUUUCACAGCAGAUCAGCUGCAGGUAAUGCAAGCACAGUUUGCUCAAGACAACAAUCCUGACGCACAAACACUGCAAAAACUGGCAGAAAGAACAGGCUUGAGCAGGCGUGUGAUACAAGUAUGGUUUCAAAAUUGUAGAGCACGCCAUAAGAAACAUGUCAGCCCCAAUCACUCAUCCACUGCUCCUGUUACAACAGUCCAAGCCUCUAGACUUUCACCACCAAUGUUAGAAGAAAUGGCAUAUUCAGCAUAUGUGCCACAAGAUGGGACAAUGUUAACAGCUCUCCAUAGUUACAUGGAUGGUAGGUACAGUGGCUUGCUAUAACUACUCUGUGGACUUGAGAAGAUUGGGUGAAAUGAAUCCUUUAGCUCAGGGUUGGGCACCAUGCAACCUAUAGGCUGCCAAUUCUGCCUUUAUUUUGUGCCCAAUAUCAUGUUUGUGAAAAACCCUAGCUUUUCCAGGGGGUUGUUUAAAAAAAAAAAGAAUUAAAAACUCCAUGACCUACUGUUGCAGAGAGACAUUUGAAAUGAGUAGCAAUGUCUGCUAUUGGCUCAGAAGGGAAACAGGAGCUUUACAUACAAUAUUUCUCCUCAAAAAUAAAUGCUUUAAAGUGUGCUACUAAUUUAUUAUUUCACUUUGUUAAAGGGGCUGAUUCUGAGGCUUCUUGCAUUAUGUUGAAAUCGCAUGGAAAGAAUGGAAUUAUGUGUAAUUAAUGUGGUUCUAUCCAUUUGCAAUAUAGAAUCACAGGCAUUAAAUUCAGUGUAAAGAACUAUUCUCCUCACCCACUAGUGGAAUUCUGAAUCCUAGACUUAAAAUAUGAUAGCAUCAUUUCCUACGUACCUUCUUGAAUUUUUCAUAUUACUUCUCCAAAGAUUCCAUUCAGGUCUGCAGUAUACAAUGUUUGCCCUUAUUCUUAUAGUUAUCUAUCAAUAUGGGUGGUAUAAGAAUUCUUCAAAGAAAAGCGAGAUAAUUCACAUGCAAAACUAGUUUUUGUAGAUAAUAGUUGGAUGAUUGAUAGUGAAGUUGCUCUCCCCAUGGCCUUUCACGGGUCUUCAUGAUAACAGUAGAACUUUAUUUGACCAUUUCUAAUAGGUUCUUAGGUAAAUGGGGCUAUGAGUAGGUAUUAAGCCAUAUUACAAUUAUUUUGCAAGCUCUAUUCCCAAAGAGUAUUUGGGAUUAUAAUCAACUCUAGCUCUGGAUUUAUCCAUAGCUAGAACUCUUUUUUUUUCUUCAAUACAAUGAGAGUGGGACUUUUCUUCUCCAGUAUAACCUUUUGUGCAUUAAAGAAAUAAUGAAAUGUUUAAGCACACAUUCCACCUAUCACACUAUUUGAAUUUCACAUUUUUUAAGGAGAAAAGGAGUCCAACACCUUCCCAAAAUGUUAAAAGGUAUUAUUUACAUAGCACUUAAAACACAGACAUACACUCCCUAAUCUAAUUAUUCAUGUAGA